AUGCGUGAAGGCGCUCGGUUGACCAAAUCAACCUCUGGAGAGCCUAAUUUCGCGCUAAUGAAGCGAUAUCAACGUUUGCUUGGUUCGUUGAUGUACGUCACGCUUCAAACAAGACCCGAUACUAUGUUCCCGAUUGGUCAACUUAUGCGAUACGCCUCAAAUCCUGAUGACUCGCAUAUGAGAGAGUUGAUCCACUUACUUCGAUUCUUCCGCCCUACGAUUGAUAAAGGCAUCGUAUUUCAAGCGCUGCCGGAGGACGAGAAUGAAGAGGAUGAAGAUAUCCGUAGGUUUAAACGCCUCGGAGUUAUACAGGGAUACGUAGAUGCUGAUUUCGGUGGAGACGUUGAUACGAGGCGAUCAGCCACCGGCUAUAUCUUCACGCUUGCUCAAGGCCCGAUUUCGUGGAUUUCGAAGCUUCAAUCAACAGUAAGCCUUUCAACUUGCGAGGCUGAAUAUACUGCAAUCAGUAUAGCGGGCAGAGAAGCUCUCUGGCUCGCCAGUAUGCUUGAAUCAAUGGAAUUCGGCGGCGUGAGGCCCAUGAAGAUAUUUACGGAUUCAGAACCGGCGCUGAAGCUCGCGAAUAACGCUCAAAAGCACUCUCGCAGCAAACAUAUCGAUAUUCGCGUCCACUGGAUUCGUGACGCCAUUCAGAAAGGCGAUAUAGAGCUUCAAUAUAUCUCUACGGAUGAGAUGAUCGCUGACGCGCUCACGAAGGCUCUACUAAAGGUCAAGUUUGAUCAACACGCCAAAGCGAUGGGUGUUGAAUAG